UGCACUUUGUGUUUUACUUUGUUAUCCUCAACGAAAGGAAUACUAAUUUGAUUCGAAGUUUCGAAGAAAAGUAAGUACCUCUUACAUUAUUUUUUAUAAAAUAUUAAUUUUGUUCUUGUUGUUAGAACUGAAAAAAAAUUUAAAAUAAAUAAAUUAAAUUUUUAAUUAUUGUUUUAUGUUAUAUAAAUAGCUUUCGUUGUCCACAGAUAACCUAUACUAAGCAUGUCCCAAUCAAAAAAGAAAUGUAGACAGUACAAUGUUGAUUAUCUGAAGUUUGGCUUUAUUCCAUCAUUGUCGAAUAAACAACUGCCAUUGUGCCUUAUAUGCAACAAAGUAUUUAGCAAUGACGCCAUGAAGCCAUCUAAGCUGGAAGAUCAUUUAAGAAGAUGUCAUCCAGAUAAAUUAGAUAAAGAUUUGAAAUAUUUUCAAACUCUCAAAGAGAAUCUUCAGAAGAGACCCCCGCUGGACAAAAUGUUCACUUUGACGUCACAAAGAAAUGAUGGUUUUCGAGCGUCUUAUAAUAUCUCGCUACUUAUAGCAAAAUCCGGAAAACCGCAUACCAUUGGAGAGCAGUUAAUUUUGCCAGCCGUUGAAGAGGUUAUAAAGACUGUUUUACACAAACCUGCGUUUGAUAUCAUAAAGAAAAUACCCUUAAGCAACAAUUCUGUUCAAAGACGCAUUGAUGAAAUGAGUGAUGAUAUUGAAAACUUCCUAUGUAAAUAUUUGCAAACGACCCAUUUCUCUAUACAACUGGACGAGUCAACUUUACCUGGAAAUGAAGCAUUAUUACUAGCAUAUGUUCGCUUUAUUAUGGAUCAAAAUAUCCACGAAGAAUUGCUAUUUGCGAGAACUUUGGCAACCGACACUAAAGGCGAAUCAAUUUUUCAUGUUUUGAGGGAUUACUUUAUUGAAAAAGAAAUUCCUCUAUCAAAUAUAAUAUCUGUAGCUACCGAUGGAGCACCUGCCAUGGUUGGUCGAUAUCGUGGAUUUAUAAGCUUUUUAAAAGAAAGCGUACCCGGGGUAUUAGCAGUACAUUGCGUCAUCCAUAGACAACACCUAGUUGCUAAAAAUUUGAAUGAAAGAUUGCAUGAAUCUCUGCAAUUUGUCAUUGACGCAGUAAACCGAAUCCGCAGCAAUGCGUUGAAUACGCGAUUAUUUGCGCAGUUGUGUGAAGAUAACGACGAGAACUUCCACCAAUUACUUCUUCACACUAAUGUGCGUUGGCUGUCGAAAGGUUUAUGCUUGGUAAGAUUUUUUGCACUUUUUGAAACUGUUCCAGAGUUUCUCGAUGGUAGAUAUGAAAAUUUAAAAGAAAGUUUAUUAAAAAGAAAAACGGACAUCGCGUAUUUGACCGAUUUAUUUGCUAAAUUUAAUACGUUGAAUUUGCAGUUGCAAGGUGACAGUUUAAAUUUGAUUAAGACAAAGUCGGUCAUUUCAGCGUUUCUUGCCAGAAUUAAAAUGAUGAAGCAAAACAUUGGACGGAGCGAAUUUUCACAAUUUCCCAAUUUAUCCCAAGUAAACUGCCAAGAAGACGAUGUUCCAGUCUAUGUGCAUCAUUUGAAUGCACUCUACUCAGAUUUUGAAACGAGAUUCGAAGAUAUUUUGACGCUAGUAAUACCACAAUGGAUUAUUAAUCCUUAUGGUGAUAUUGAGGAGACGGAUAUCUCAUUACAAGAAGAAUUAAUUGGAAUAAGUACAAACGAAGAACUUAAGGUAGAGUUCAGAAAGGGUUAUCAACAAUUUUGGCUUCAGAGAGACAUACCUGCUACAUAUCCCGGAGUGUGGAAUAUCACGAGAAAGUUUUUAAUUGCCUUUCCGUCUUCAUAUCUCGUAGAAAGAGGUUUCAGUGCAGUUACUAAUCUUAUUACAAAAAAAAGAAACAAACUGGACAUAGUAAACCGAGGAGAUUUGAGAUAA